AUGGGUAAGCCAAAGGUUUUAUUAGUUCUUUACGCUGGUGGUGAGCAUGCCAAACAAGAAAAGAAAUUGUUGGGUGCAAUUGAGAAUGAGUUGGGCCUUCGUCAAUUUAUUGAGGACCAUGGCUACGACUUGGUUGCAACAACCGACAAAGAAGGUGAAAACUCGGCUUUUGACAAGAACUUGGAAGAUGCAGAGGUUGUUAUUACCACGCCAUUUUAUCCAGCUUAUCUUACCAAGGAGAGAAUCGAAAAAGCACCUAAAUUGAAGAUUGCCAUUACCGCUGGUGUUGGUUCCGACCAUGUCAACUUGGAUGCUGCUAAUGCCAGAGAUAUUUCAGUUUUGGAGGUUACUGGUUCCAACGUCCAGUCGGUUGCAGAGCAUGCUGUUAUGACCAUGCUUGUGUUGAUUAGAAACUACAACAUUGGCCACUUGCAAGCAGAAAGUGGUGGCUGGGAUGUCGCAGCAGUUGCCAAGGAGGAGUUUGAUCUUGAAGGUAAGGUGAUUGCAACUGUUGGUGCUGGUAGAAUUGGUUACAGAAUUUUGGAAAGAUUAGUCCCAUUCAACCCAAAGAAAUUAUUGUACUAUGACUACCAACCUUUGCCCGCUGCUGCUGAAGAAAAGUUGAACAAGGCUUCCCAAUUGUACAAUGACGUUGACACUAUUGUUGAAAAAGUUGACCAAUUGGAAGACUUGGUUGCUGAGGCUGAUAUCGUGACUAUCAACUGCCCAUUGCACGAAAAAACCAAAGGUUUGUUUGACAAGGCCUUGAUUUCGAGAAUGAAGAAAGGUUCAUACUUGGUCAACACCGCUAGAGGCGCCAUUUGUGAUGCCGAUGCAGUUGUUGAUGCAUUGUCCUCUGGCCACCUUGCCGGAUACGGUGGUGAUGUUUGGAAUGUGCAACCAGCUCCAAAGGACCAUCCAUGGAGAAAGAUGCACAACCCAUACGGUCCAGAGUAUGGUAAUGCAAUGACCAUCCACGUUUCCGGUACCUCAUUAGAUGCCCAAGCCAGAUACGCUGAAGGGGUAAAGCAAAUCUUGACUCAAUACUUUGACAAGACUUACAACUACAGACCACAAGAUAUCAUCUGUAUUGACGGUGACUAUGCAACUAAAGCUUAUGGUCAACGUGCUAAGAAGGAGCAAACAGAGGCUGGAAAUGUUUAUAAGUAA